GGCUGAACUUCACUGAUACGGGCGUUGGGAGCUCAACUUAAGACAUUAUCGUUUAUGUCAAAUCAGUGAGGAUAGGAAAACAGCCGGAAGAAUACUAUUUUUACAAGCCGAUAAGAGAGUGAUGGAUUUGGUCAUUAUACUCCCCAAUUACCUCUCCGCUUUUAUCUGCUAGAUUUAUUCACAACAGAGAGGGAAGGCAGAAGUUAGCUUUAGUCUCUAAGAGCGAGCAGUGGGUUUAUAUGAUUGUCCAUUUGUCAUAUUAAUACCUCUCCGAUUAAAAUAAAGUAACUUUUGAUAAUUGGUAGUUUUGAGCAGUCUUCUUUAACAUGAGUUGUCUUCAUAAAUCAUAAUUGUAUGCUACUACAAAGGUUGUGUAUUGACAGAUGUGUUUUUGUCUUAAACAAGUUAAAAGUUAAAAUGAUUUAUUGGAGUUGAGGAACUUAACUUGUCUUACUGUCUACAUGUUUUACUGUGGUUAUAUUGGGUAGGAAAAUAUAGAUGAUGAAGGUAGACGGUCGAUGUUUUAUGACUCGGAUGGGAAUACAACUUUGAUCUGGACUUCAGUUAAGUGAAGGACUUAAAGGGACAGUUCGCCUCAAAAUCAAAAAUACAUAUUUUUCUUUUUACCUGUUCUAUUCAAUCUAGAUUGUUCAUCAACAUCUGGUUACUUAAGAUAACCAACAGAACUUGUGAGCAGUUUCAUGUAGGAACUAUUUUCCUACUACCAAACUACACUUGCCAACGAGUCCAUGAGUAGAUGCACGCUUCCUUCUGCGCGGUGAUGCGGUUUGCAGGUGUAGUUUAGUAGAAAGAAAAUAGUUCCACCAUGAAUUUGCUCGCAACUGUGGAUUACCUUGAGUAGCCGGGUCAUGAUGAACAGUCUAGAUUGGUAAAUAGCACUACAGGUAUAAAAGUAUGUAUUUUUGAUUUUGGGGUGAACUGUCCCUUUAAGUCCUCAACACCAGUAUUCUCCUUUGGGACAGUGCAUUGUUCCAUAGUCUUCACAUGGCUAGAAACAGUACUUAAUUUAAGUUAUUGUUCUGCUCUCAUGCUAGCAAUAUUUGUUAUGUUUUUAUAAAUGAUAAAACACAGUUUCCCUUUGGGAGACCUCUCUCUAAUGCUGCCUCUAACUAAUGAGCUCAAAAAUUACCUUUUGAACAUAAACCAAAAUAGUCCUUUUGAAGCACUGUACUAACUGCUAAUCACAGAAUUCAUAAAAUGUAGAUCGGAUUUUCAAUAAAAGAAAGAAGAUAAUUGAGUGAACCACAUUAAGCGCUUUCAACUGAACAUGAGAAAUACAAGAAGCCGACUGAAAGUUAUGCUCACAGCUGAUGGACACAAAAGGUAAAGACUUAAAGGUAAAUUCAUCCAAACAAAACCCACAUCUUGCAUCUUCUUUCAUCUUCCGAUGACCGUUAAUAUAACUGAGGUUCACGGCUGUGCACUCAAACCUGUGUUGUGGGAUAGAACGGAGGAAGAGAUGUUGAACUUUGGUCCGUGUGAGCGGCGUUCAGAUCAGUGACUUGUUCAGACAAAGCUCUUAGUUUUUCCCUUCUGUCCCUGUCGAAACCUUGCAUUUCUUCUGACAUACAGUGCCUGUCACACACACACACACACACACACACACACACACACACACACACACACACACACACACACACACACACACACACACACACACACACACACACACACACACACACACACACACACACACACACACACACAGGCUGAUGCUUGCAGAAAAGUGACAUGCAAACAGGAGUGAAGUCGUAGCUGCGCGGUGUUCUGGUAAGAACUGAAAGAAAGAAAGAAACAUGAAAUCCAGGAGUCAGGACCAGAGUUUGUCUGACUCCAGAGAGCUGGACAGAUCUUACGACCCUCUUACAGAUAAUCCAGCAUCCAAACCCAACAAAAAGACCAUAAAGCAGCGCUUCCUCAAACUUCUGCCCUGCUGUCGCUCCGGCUCCAGCUCUUCAAUUACUCAAAGUAAUAUCUCUGAUGAUGAUGAACUGUUGACGGUGCGCUACCGACCGGAGGGGCUCGACCGUCUCCUACAGCAGACCAACUUCAACAAGAAGGAGCUGCAGGUCCUCUACCGGGGAUUCAAAAACGAGUGUCCCAGUGGUGUGGUGAAUGAAGAGACUUUUAAAAGCAUCUACUCCCAAUUCUUCCCUCAUGGAGAUUCAACUAUGUAUGCACAUUUCCUGUUUGAAGCUUUUGACACCCACAGCAAUGGAUCGGUCAGCUUUGAGGACUUUGUUGUAAGUCUGUCCAUCAUCUUAAGAGGCUCCAUCACCGAUAAACUCAACUGGGCCUUUAAUCUGUAUGAUCUCAACAAAGACGGCUGCAUCACCAGAGAGGAGAUGACAGACAUCAUGCGCUCCAUCUAUGACAUGAUGGGGAAGUACACCUACCCCUGCAUGAGGGAUAAUGCUUCCAAGGAGCAUGUUGACACCUUCUUCCAGAAAAUGGACAAGAACAACGACGGAGUGGUCACCAUCGAGGAGUUCUUGGAGACAUGCCAAAAGGAUGAAAGCAUCAUGCAGUCCAUGCACAUGUUUGACAAUGUGAUCUAAAGCUUUAGAACUGAGUUUUUUCCUGCUGCCUGGAGCUCAUCUACAGUUAUUCAGCCCCCGGUCAGAGUGGACGGUGCUUGGCACUAAACAGAGCAGUGCACGGUGGGAUGUCCUGAGGAUAUCUCCCCAAAACACUACUUGUGAAAUGUUUUUUUUAUUAAAAAGGUUCUUGGAAGGCAUCAAAAGAAGUGGAUUCUGAUGUUUUAAGAUGUUGAAUCGCGAUCGAAUGAGCUGUGCAGACCGACGUGAGCAAGCAUAUUUAAGGCUGUAGAAAAGCAGCGUAAUAACAAUAAGCAUUGAUGAACAGUAGAUACUUGUAGGCGACUGUCGUGGCCUCUUCACUCAUAGAAAUGACUAUAACCAUCAUAUUUUCUCUAUUGCAUGAACGAAUGUGCAGACACAUGGAGCAAAUUGAACAAUGUUUAAAAUGUUGUAGAAAAUGUAUCACUCACUUUCUAUACUCGCAGUUUGAAGGACGCUCUAAUGAAGGGAUGAAGUACUAGCAAUAAUCUUAAAGUAACCGGUUAUCAAAUCUGUCCUCAGUGUUCUUAUGGAGCUCACCACUCAGUUAUUGUAUUACCGUAUAUAUCGUGUGCAUGAUGUGUUUGUUUUGACUGGCCAUUGAAAUGUUUAAUAAAAGUGUGUAUAUAUUUUCGAUAUGGACGUGAUACUACUGAUGAAGUUGAAUAAAACUACAGUUGCUAUGCAAAAGAGCAUAUUGUUUUGUAACAAAAUUGACCAGAUGGAAUAUUAUAUCCACUAAUGUCAGAGUGCUCCUAGACUUCUCCUCGUUACAGGUUCAGAGGUCAUCUUUGACAUUUUAUAGUUUCAUUAUUUUUCUCUAGCCUGCACAAAAAGCAUGUUUUCUUCUUAGAAGAGAUGUACUGUAUGUG